AUGGACACAAGGCCAAACUAGUGUGAUGAGGGGAGCCACCGGCGGAGUGCAGCGUAAGAUAACGGAUGUAUACGAAAAUGCUCACUACGUCCACUGCUAUGCGCAUCAGCUGAACCUCAUCAUGCAGCAGGCAACAUCACACAUCCCCAGAAUCGGCACUUUUUUUUCCGACCUUGCAGGAUUUUCUGCCUUCUUCUCCAGGUCACCCAAGCGAACCACCGUGCUUGACCAAGUGGUUGCGCAUAGACUUCCUAGAGCCUCUCCAACACGGUGGAACUUCCACAGUCGCGCUGUUAACACUGUGUACGAGCACAAGGAUGACCUCUUAAAGUGUUUCCAGACCAUCAGAGACUCUGGCAGCUUUGAUCCCUCAACUGUCAGAGAGGCUGGGGGCUUUGUGAGGAUGCUUGAAGACGAGGCUUUCUGUUUUUUCCUGGCAUUGUUCCACAAGAUCAUGCCAAAUGUGGACAUGCUCUUCAACCAGCUGCAGAAGAGGAACAUCGACCCUGUCUUCAUUAAAGCACUUGUCCAGAGGUUCACAGACAGCAUGCUAACGAUCAGGGCCUCCAUUUCCUCUCUGUGUGGGGACAGCGCAUCUGACGAGCAGCAGCAGCCCAUAAAGCGACGGAGGAUGCUGGGACCAGGAGAACAACAGAGGCUGGCUACAGAGAUAUGUGAUACCAUCCUGGUGCAUACCAAGGAGUGGUUCUCCUUCACCCAGCACCUCAUCAGCGCAACACUGUUGCACGGAGAGUUGUUCCCACAACACAGUGUGAAGUUCCCCGAUACAGCGCUUGAAACAACAGUGGAGGUGUACCCCAUGUUGAACAAGGCCAAGCUCAAAACAGAACUGUCCCUCAUCUAUGACAACAGUGAGUUCAAGGCUUGCAGUGGUGCAGUGCCUCUGUACCAGUUCUUCAUGGAGAACAACCUUCAGAGCACUUUCACAGAGACUGUCAGCCUCCUGAAGAUCCUCAUCACCACACCCAUGACAACAGCUGAAUCCGAGAGGUGCUUCUCUACUCUGAAGAGGAUCAAGACCUUCCUGAGAAACACCAUGACACAGGAUCGCAUGAAUGCUCUGGCUAUGCUCUCCAUGGAGAAGAAACUUGUUAGGGACAUUCCUGACUUUAAUAAUCGGGUCAUUGAGAAGUUUGCCACUCAGAAGGAGAGAAGGGCAAAAUUCCUGUAUAAAUAAGAUGAGACACACACACACCCUCACACACACACACACACGCACACACACACACACACACACACUGCAGCUCUGACCACGUUUCUUUGUAUAUAGUUGACCUUAGCAUAAGACAUCAGUCAGUAAUGUAUGACACUCUAUAAAUACCUAAUAUUUUGUCUUAAUAGUGUGUUAAUAUUAAUAAUUAAUGUAUAUGUUUCUAGAAUGUAAACACUAACCAGACUCAGUCUGUAAUCUACUGAUGCUUACUGUACCUUCUGAGCACAUUACAGCUACAACUAAUGAUAAUUUUCACUACCUAUUAAUCUGCUGAUUAUUUUCUUGAUUGUUUAGUAUAUAAAAUGUUUACUGUAAUUUCACAGAGCCUAAAGUGACAAGUUCAAUUUCAAAUACAAAUGGAAAGCUUGUGUUGUUCAAUAUGUUGUUUAUGUUUUUGUGUUAGAAUGCCUCAACUUUUUAAUAUUGGCAUUAAAUAAUUACUGACUAUUUCACAGAGCACUGGUUUCCUGUAGUUUGUGUUCAAU